CAUAUUGCACAUCCUUAACUUUUUCUUGGCGUGCGUGUCUAAAGAGCAGCGGUGCCGAAUUUUUUUUGUAAACUUGAAAUAAAGUUGAGCCAAACAUGGCAAACAACCCGCAAGCAAUUAAGUUAGAGGAAUCCUCAGAGGAAACUACACCCGAAAUAUUUGAAAUCAGGGAUGAGGAUGUAAGUAUCAAUACAAGUGCGCCAUUAACACCCACUCACUCCAUGGAAACGCACACUGUGGACAUUUGUGAAUUGGAGCACUUGCGCAAGCUGUUCAUUGGCGGCCUAGCGCCCUACACCACAGAAGAGAGCCUUAAAGUCUUCUACUCGCAAUGGGGCAAGGUGGUGGAUGUUGUUGUUAUGAGAGAUGCCGCAACUAAACGCUCACGUGGCUUUGGCUUUAUUACCUAUACAAAGUCCGCCAUGGUAGAUACGGCGCAAGAGAAUCGUCCGCAUAUCAUAGACGGCAAAACCGUGGAAGCAAAACGAGCUUUGCCCCGUCCAGAGCGCGAAACACGCGAGACAAAUAUUUCAGUGAAGAAGCUUUUUGUUGGCGGAUUGAAGGAUAACCACGACGAGGAUUGCUUGCGCGAGUAUUUCCUACAGUUCGGCAAUGUGGUCUCCGUGAAAUUGCUGACAGACAAAACCACCGGCAAGCGUCGCGGCUUUGCCUUUAUCGAAUUUGAUGACUAUGAUGCCGUAGACAAGGCCAUACUUCAGAGGCAGCACUCGAUUAAAUAUGUGUUGGUGGACGUAAAAAAGUCUAUUUACAAUUUGGAAAAGAAAGACAGAAAUGUUCAGAGCACUGCAGCCAAUGGCAACAAGAUGCCGCCGCAACAGCAGCCUCCACCCAAAGCCAACAUGCCCCCAACUGGUUACCGUCCCCAAGUACCUCCGCCUCAGCAAAUGCCGCCGUAUCAACAUCAACCACCUCCACCACCAAUGACUGCCCCGCCACCAAACUACAAUUAUUGGGGGCCACCGCCGCCCAUGCAACCUUAUUAUCAGCAGCCGCCGCCGCCACAAAUGAAUGGCUGGAACGCUUAUCCGCCUGCUCAGAACGGCUGGAAUGCACCGCCGCCACCACCACCCGGUGCUCCACAAUGGCAUGGUAAUCAAUGGGGCGGUCCGCCGAACAUGCAGCCGCCUACACCUGGCGUACCACCCGUGAACCAUCAUCGCAAUGGUCCACCGCCACCACCGGUCGGUAACUGGAAUAUGCCGCCAUCUGGGGCUCCACCCGUACCUGGUUCUAUGCCAGUGCCUCAGGGCCCACCACCGCAUCAGCCACCGCCACCACAGCAGCAGCAGCAGCCGCCUCCCAACUUCGGUAGUGGCUAUCAACAAAAUUAUGGCGGCGGUCCAACCAAACACAACAUGAAUGGCAACCGCAUGAAUCCUUAUGCUGCUGCACCACCCAGCAGCUAUCAUAAUCAGCAGCCAACUGCACCUGGCUAUGCACCGUAUAAUGCAGCAGCACCGCCGCCCUGUGGCAAUGGUCCAGUUUCGGGUCCCGUGCCUAAAAGUGUUUCUAAUGGAACGGUAGCGACCGCUGGGAGUGCGAACAGCAAAUAUCGUCGUUAGUUCGGAUACCUAUUUGUGUGUGCCUUAAGUGUAACACAAAAGCUCAGAAUACAAGAUACAAAUACAGAUACAAUUAAAUAGGCUUGUUGUAAGCUAGGACACGAACUCGCUUAGUAACUUAAAACAGGAUAUCUAUAUAUAAAUUAAUAUAUAUUAACUGCGUUGUCUCUCUCUAUCUAUCUCUCUCUUAAUAUAUAUAUGUAUCUUGCUAUAUUUAUACAUAAAUAUCUAACUGAGCAUACGACAACAACUAACUAAUGUUUUUAACUCUUAAAACUAAGUUCUCAUGUUAUUUAUUGAACAAUUUAUAUUCAUAUAUGUCGCUUAUGGAUAAGACAAAUAUCUGAUAAAAAUAAUGUUUAAGAUCUAUGCUGGAUACAACUGUGAGUUGUAGAGAAAUGCGUUUCAUUUAAUUUAGUGUUAACUUGCCAUGCUUUAUUUUUCAAAAAAAAAAAAAAAAAAAAAAAAAAAAAAAAAAACAGAAGAAGAAAUAUAUUUGCGUUCAGCAAAUACAAAUUGUAAACUCCAAUUUAGAAGUUAAUCAUUUAGUGCUCUCUUUAUCUACAUAUAUAUCUAAUCUCUCUAUCUACUUUAAUAUAUCAUAAUAAUUGAUACCUAAUAUGUAAUUCAGUCUAUAAAACGGAAAUCAAAUUUAUCGCCCGUGCGUCGCUCAGCAUUUGCAUACAAAUCGUAAACAUGUAUUUUUGUAAACGAAUUUAAACAUAAUUCAAACUUUAGCCAGAGCUUAUAGAGCUAGUUCGCGUAGCUCUCAUAUAUUCGUAUAUUCGUAUUCGUAUAGUAUAUUAGUUACUAGACGCCUUAAUGCCCGCAUAACCCGUUGUUGGCCAUCGAGGAUAAUAACAAAUGACAAGAUACGUCCAGUAAUAGUAAAUGAAAAUCAAAUUAAGUCGAAAGGCUGUUUAGCAACGCACGGCUGCGAUUAAUCUAAAAUAUAUAAUAGAAAAGUUAAUUAUUAUGAUAGACAUAUUAUAUGAAUAAUUCUAAACGA